UUGCUGAAAAAAAGUUUGCAUCAUAUGUGUGCUCCUGACCAUUCUUGGAAUAAGAAAGAAACUGUUCAUGGUCAAAAGAGUUUUCAUUUUUCUGUAUUUCAAAAUACACUAAAACCUCAAGUCAUUGAGCAACAUGUCCGUAACCAGGAGGCUGGGAUGCUCACUGAACUGGUACGAGAUUUCUUGAACCCAGCUGAAUUCUACAAAAUUAUGCAGAAAAUAGGCAUAGACUUCUUCUGUGGGGUUCCAGAUUCAUUAUUGAAAGAUUUUUGUGCUUAUAUAACAGAUAACACACCCCGUCAAAAGCAUGUUAUCACAGCCAAUGAAGGAAGUGCAGUUAGUAUGGCUGCUGGAUAUUAUUUGGCCACGGGUAAAUUUGGCAUGGUUUAUCUCCAGAAUUCUGGUCUUGGAAACAUAGUUAAUCCCCUAAUGUCUUUAGCAUCUCCAAGUGUCUACAGUAUUCCCAUGUUGUUGCUGGUUGGAUGGAGAGGAGAACCAGGAAAAAGAGAUGAGCCUCAACACAAAGUGCAAGGUCAAGCCACACCUGGACUCCUAGCUGCCAUGGGGAUUCCAUUCCAGCCUCUGCCAGAUUAUCAUGAAGGAGCUGAACAGGCUCUGAAAACUGCUUGCCACUACAUGAAGAGUUCAAAAGGUCCCUAUUGUUUAUUGGUCAAACGACAAACUUUUCUUCCAUACCGUUUGAAGAAGAAAGAACCUGAAGUGGAAAAAGAUAUUGGUCAUGAGAAGGACUUUCUAACUGUUGGUUCGAUGGGACAUGCUUCAGCUAUUGCUCUGGGAAUUGCCAUGCAGAGACCAAACAAACAGGCAAAAUCAGUCUUGACUGAAGAAGAAUUGAAAAACAAAAUAACACAACAGAAGCCUGACGAAAGCUGUAAGCAGGACUGGAUGGUUUCAAGUUUGUAUCUAUCUGAGCAGAAGUUGAAUUGCUGA